GGUGUUUCCUGCCUAUCAGUCCGGAUUUGUAGACUCCGGCGUCCUCCGACUUUUCAUGGAAGAGAUGUCAGGAGAAAGCGUGGUGAGCUCAGCAGUGCCAGCAGCUGCUACCCGCACCACUUCCUUCAAGGGCGCGAGUCCUAGCUCCAAGUAUGUGAAGCUGAACGUCGGGGGAGCCCUCUACUACACCACCAUGCAGACGCUCACCAAGCAGGACACCAUGCUGAAGGCCAUGUUCAGUGGCCGCAUGGAAGUCCUCACCGACAGUGAAGGCUGGAUCCUCAUUGACCGCUGUGGGAAGCACUUCGGGACAAUACUCAACUAUCUUCGAGACGGGGCUGUGCCCUUGCCUGAGAGCCGCCGGGAGAUCGAGGAGCUGCUAGCCGAGGCCAAGUACUACCUGGUGCAGGGCCUGCUAGAAGAGUGCCAGGCGGCCUUACAACAGAACAAAGAUACUUAUGAACCCUUCUGCAAGGUUCCUGUUGUCACCUCCUCCAAGGAAGAACAGAGGCUUAUAGCGACUUCAAAUAAGCCAGCCGUGAAAUUGCUCUACAAUAGAAGUAACAACAAAUACUCUUAUACCAGCAAUUCUGAUGACAAUAUGUUGAAGAACAUCGAGCUCUUUGAUAAACUUUCCCUGCGCUUUAACGGGAGGGUCCUGUUCAUAAAGGACGUCAUCGGGGACGAAAUCUGCUGCUGGUCAUUUUACGGCCAGGGCCGAAAAAUUGCGGAAGUCUGUUGCACCUCCAUCGUCUAUGCCACGGAGAAGAAGCAGACCAAAGUUGAGUUCCCCGAAGCCCGCAUUUAUGAGGAGACCCUGAACAUUUUGCUGUACGAGGCCCAGGAUGGCCGAGGACCUGACAAUGCACUCCUUGAGGCCACAGGUGGGGCAGCUGGACGCUCCCAUCACCUGGACGAGGACGAGGAACGAGAACGGGAGAGGAUUGAACGAGUGCGGAGGAUCCACAUCAAGCGUCCUGAUGACCGGGCCCACCUCCACCAGUGAGCGGGCAAGCGCAAGCUGCCCUCCACCCUCCCUUUGCCCCUGCCCCUCAGACCCUGUGCAGGCUUCAGGGUACCUCCCACUUCCCCCUGGAGUCUGGAGACACUUUUGUAACAAGCCAGAUGAUUAUUUUGAUAUUUCUCGACAGUGGAUUGCCUCUGUGUUGACCCAGGUGCGCACCCCUUCUGAACAAGCUGUGUCUAAGGACUCCACUUCUCGUGAGAGCCUGGAGCCGGCCUUUCUUGGCUCUUGGAGGAAGAGUGUGAAUGAGUUUGGCGUGUAUGUGAGAGCCUUUGUUGCGGUAUUUAUUUUCAUAGUGUUGACUACCUAUUAGGGCUGCUUAAGUGACACUCCUUUAAGGGCUCAUUUGACAGUUCUGAGGGGCUGUGUAGGUGGCAACUGGGAGCAGCCUGGCCCUGUGUGUUCUGACCAGGCUGGGAGUCUGCUCUGUGUACGGUUUUGUGACUGGAGCUCAUUGGCCAAUAGUUUCAGCUUGUAGUAGUGGACAGGGGACCGAGUGUGCUUCCAGCCUCUCUGUGGUCCCUCAGUGUGGCAGCUCAACUGUCUGGCAAGAAGCAGAUCGUUUCCUGCCAGUGGGUUCUGCUGUCUUCUGUGCUCCUCCCAUCCCAGAAGGUCAUCUGAAUACCUGCAGCCAUUGCUCCUGACCGCUGCCUUAAGGGUUUGCUCCCUGUGAGGCCUCCUUUCCUUAAGUGGGCAUCUUGCCCUUGGUUAGGAACUGUGUGGCCCCCCGACAUGGUGGCAUCAGGUAGGGACACCCCUAGGAGCUCGCAGGCUGACUCAGGGCGUUUCCCUGCUAUCUCAUAUAGCUCCCUUCAGUUUUUAUUUCCUGCAGAAUAGAGUGGGCGUGCAGAUACCUUUGAGUCUUGUUUGUGUUCGAGGACGUGUGUGACUGCUGGUGGGGACGUGUGACUGUGGGGCACAGGUGCUUGUGAGGAGGACAUGCCAGUUACCUCUAGUCCCCUCUGCUCCUGUGCAGAUGAGUCAUGAUUGGCAUGGGUGCUUGUGAGUAGACUAGUUAAAAGGUUAAGGUGAGUACUUGAUGAAGGAAUUGUUACUUUUUUUUUUUUUUGAGGCAGGGUUUCUCUUUAGCUUUUGGGGUCUGUCCUGGAACUAGCUCUGUAGACCAGGCUGGCCUCGAACUCACAGAGAUCCACCUACCUCUGCCUCCCGAAUGCUGGGAUUAAAGGCGUGCGCCACCAUCGCCUGAAUUAUAUUUUAGACCAAAGGUAUGAUAGUGGGUAAUCUCUGAAACGUUUUUAAAAGUUUCUAUUUUGUGACGGUUUUUACAGCUCACUUUGUGCGUGACAGUCAUAUACCUUUCUCUUGUAUCUGGCAGAAAAGGCAACAAUAAGUAAACAAUCCCGACUGGAUCGAGGAACCAUGUAGAUGCUUUUUACACAAUGGUGUGGCAGAACUUUUGUAUUCGGAGCCAAGAAAGGGAGCUUACAGAUCAUGUUUCAUGAGUUUUUUAUACUGUUUGUUUUAAACGUCAGCCCCGCCCUGUGGGUUCAACUUUCGUGGGAAGUAAAAGUGAGUGUCAGUCCUGGUGUGUUCUGUAGGAACAGGAAAGUCACUGUCUACACUGUUUAUAUGUGCGUGUGCAGAGUGAGUUGGUGGCGUAGGUGACUUGCCUUGGCCUCUGCGCCUUACGUUACUCUUUUGGCAGCUCUCUCUACUCUUUCCUCAAACCUUGUGCCUGCAACUUUGCACCUCCGCACCCAGGGAUAGGAACAGGCCUGGCAAACAUUCCAAGGUGCCAGAAACGCCGACAGCUGUGUCUGCCAGGGCCUGAUCCAGAGUCAGGCCUUCCAAAGCUCUGCUUCUAGCACGAAGGGCAGUCGUCAGCACUGCAGUUCAGAGCCGUUCAGUGAAACACUGGCCUCGGAUUUGGUGUAAAGAGUGAAGUUUUAUUGCACACUAAUGGCUCGCAAUUAAAAUAGAUUGGAAUAGCUAACCAUCAUAACCAAGUUCAGUGUUUGUGGCAACUGGGGCCCACACCCCUAGCAGGCACAGCCUUCUGUCGCCUUCCUGGGGAAGAUGGGCUGUUUGACCUCUCUAAGUCGUGGUCCCAUGUAGGUACAACUUUCCCUCCCUGCUGCUCACUGCUGGUACUCAGCCCUCCCCAGGGUGUGUGCAGGCUUAGAGGACGCCACCCAAAGUCACUGGUCACCUUAGCACACCCCUAACCUUCCUGUCUGCGCUGUGGAAACAAUGCUGGGAGUUUUAGACAUGCUCACUCUUGUGCAAGCGUCUGUGGACACAUGUAAAAUAAACGUUAAACUGUGCUU